GCGAGAUUUCAGUGCCACGUUCACGAGAUUUCUGGACCGGUGAUGGCAAGAGGUGCGUUUCUGAAUCUGAGGAAGUUCUUGCUCACAGCGUCUUAGGAAAAGGACCAAAAAGCCCAAGAAACACAAUAUAAGUUCCAUCCCAGGUGUGUGAGUGAGAGACUACCAGUACCCACCCACCAUGAAUCCUACCACCGAGAACAACUUUGCCCAGCUGGACCUGAGCGGGAAGCUGAUCAUCAAGGCUCAGCUGGGGGAGGACAUCCGGCGCAUCCCCAUCCACAACGAGGACAUCACGUAUGAUGAGCUGGUCCUGAUGAUGCAGAGAGUGUUCCGUGGACAGCUGGGCAGCAGUGAUGAGGUCCAGAUCAAGUACAAGGACGAGGAUGGAGACUUGAUCACCAUAGCAGACAGCUCAGACUUGUCUUUUGCAAUCCAGUGCAGUAGGAUCCUCAAACUAACCAUAUUUGUGAACGGUCAGCCACGGCCUCUUCAAAGUGACCAGGUCAAGAUGUUGAGAACGGAGCUCGCCACCAUUCGCAACAGAAUCAACCUGAUCAUCGACCACUUAGAGCCGCCGCCGCGGGUCACCAGUUCGGAGGACGAAACAGGAGGUGGGAGUAAGCAGUCCCCCCAGGAGACCCCCAAACCUGUCAACUCUGCCAACGCGGCGAUGUUUGACCCCCUGAAGACGACCCAAGACGAGGCCACGCAGAAAGUCAUGUCGUCCUUCGGUCUGAAUGAUGCUAGCACGCCUGAAAGAGAACGUCCAGGUACACCUGACAGUGUCAGCAGUGCCUCUUCAGCUGGGCACCAGCGGCACAGACCACAGCAGGUGGCAGCACCUGUCCAGCAGCAGGUGCAGCCGACAGUACAGCCGCAGGUACAGCAGCAGGUGCAGCACCAGAUGCCACAGCAGGGACAGCAGCAACAGGAACAGCAGGGACAGCAUGGACAGCCUCCCUACUCACAGUCUGUAGCACCGACGCACCCCUCACAGCAGAUGACUUACGGCAGCCAGCAGCAGAGAUACCCCCCUCAGCCCCAGCCGACCCCCCCACAGCCCCAGCCGACCCCCCCUCCCGCACAGGCACAGGUCCAGCCACAGCAGCAACAAGGAUAUCAGCAGUACUCCCCUGCACAGCAGGCUUACAUGGCACAGCAACAGCCAGGACAGCAGCCCGGACAGCAGCCUGGACAGCAGCCAGGCUACCCCCCUGCCUCCCAGGCUCAGCUGUACGGCCAACAACAGCAGCAGGGGGGUUACCCUGGUCCUGCCGCCGCCCCCCAGCAACAACAGGGCUACCCCCCUGCUUCUAUGCCAUCCACACAGCAGUCGUACCAGGGGCAGGGGCCGCAGGGCCAGGCCGCCCCUUACGGAGUCACCGCCCCCAUGGGGGGGCCACCCCCCUCCAAGCCUGGACAGGCUAACCCGUACGCGAGGGGGUACGCCGGUGCCGGGCCACGAUACCAACAUCCCGGCCAGGGCUACCAGUAAUACUUCUCACACAGGGUAGUGUGUAUAUAAUGUAUUUGCAUAUAGACCAAGACAUCGUACUAGAAAUGCCUGCCCAAGCAAAAACAAUUAUUCUGGAACAACUUUUAGUCCAAUUUUGAAAUUAUAACCAGCUCUUUACUGUAGGGUUAAUUGAAGAAAAUUGCUCAGUCGAAGCAAAGUUGAUUCUUGUUUCAUUGUAUGUUGACUUUUGAUGUACGGUAUGUGCAUUCAAAGGGUUUCAUGGGCACACACAAGUACGAAUAUGUGUAAUGUGAUAUAAAUGAAACAUUGAAAUACUUGAGGAACCUUUUGAAAUGUGUUAAAAUAUGUACUCUUAGUAUCUUUGGGGGGGAGGGGGGUGAACACAGCAGUUUGAAAUGUAUGGCUGCUGUGCCGCAGUUCUUACAUUUUAUUAUAUGUUGCUUCAUGCCAUGGUUACACUUAGAGAAUCGUGCCAGUUGAAGACAUGUCAGAUCCAUGAGUUGGACAGAUUUUACAGAACUUGUUCAAGUUUUACAGCAUACAUAGAAAAUCAUACAGUAUCCUCGUACACUCCACUACUAAGAAAUACUCAAGUUUAACGGAAUUCAAACAAUCAAACAUUUAUGAAAUUCACAUGAUCCACCCCAUGGAUUUUAUUGAGUACAUACUAUACUUACUUUGUAAGGAUCCUAUAUAUUUAUGUGUUCUAUAAAACUCAUGAAUUCCGUGAUUUUUGUUUCUUUGCAGUGAAUCAUAUGAAUUCCGAAAAAUUUGUAUUUUUCUUGUAUUAUACCAAUUCUGUAAAAAUUAUAUGUAAGCCGUAAAUCUUACACACAAGUCUGCAAAAUUUGUAUAAACACUUCUACUGUGUUAUAUUUACUGAAUCUCUGACAAUACCAUGUUAUAAAGCCACAGUAACUGUAUCUCUGCUAGAGUCUAAAAUACUUUCUACAGUUGGAAAAGGGUGCACUAGGACUAAAAUGACAUUGCUGAAAACACAAAAAAUGAUGUAGUGUAAUGGUAAAGAAUAGGUGAUUGGCAUAACAUGAUUAUGCCGUAACUGCUGUUUUGGGUACUUGCUAUAUUCUUGGGUUCGAAGAAAUGGCACAUAUUAUGUAAUAUGAGGGGUGGAAUGCAUUGUGUUGUAAGUCAGUUAAAUACUGACUGCAACAACUUUUUACAUGAACCAAUGAAUGACUUGUGUUAUCCACGUGGAGUUAUGGCUAGUAAGCCUGAAUAUAAUAAACUUUUGUCUAUGUCAAAGA